AUGGUCUGUGUUCCCCGUCUCUACCAUCUCUCCCCACCUCCGAACGUUGAGUUCCCGGGGGCGGGGACGUGGGUGCCGGUAGUGAUCUCCGGAGGGCUUCCUCCCAGCCUCCUGGGCCCUGAGGCCCUGGAAGGGCCUACGAGGCACCGGCCGCCCCCGGCCCGGCCGCUUAGGGAAUGGGUUUCUGCCCCUCGCCCGCCCACUGUCCUUCUGGCAGCGGCACACGACUUCUCAGCGACACACUUGAGCGGUCAGCGCGAGGAGCCACCGACCGCGCGCGGGCGAUCCCAGGAACCCCCGCUGCUCAGCCCAGAGGCCCGGCCCAGGGGCUUGCUGGAAAUGCAGAGCCUCGGGGAGGUCCUGGCCCCGCUGCGGCGGAACAGCACGUUCACGACGCCCCCGGUGGUGGGGGCUGGGGGGGGGGUGCGGGGUGGGGGUUGUGUGCGCCUUAAAGUUGCAGAGGCUGUGCUCCAGAGCACGAGACUCGACGGGCGCGGAGAGGCGGUAGGUCCCCGGGGACGGCCCGGGGGGCGGCCGAGGCCCGCGGGAUAUGGUGGGGGGGCGGCCAGGCCGGGUCGGGUGCGGGCCGCCUGCCUCUCGGCGGGGUCGGCGGACCGCGGCCCCGCGCAGGCUUUACGGCCGAGGCGGCGGCAGCGGCGCGUGUGUAGCGGCGGCGGGCGGGAGCGCGGAGGAGGUGGAAAGAAGGGGGGCGCUGUCACGGAGACUCCGGCCGCCGGAGACCCCGCCGCAGCGAGGCCACUGGGCUCCCCGGUCGCGGAGCCUCCGAGCUCGGCCCCUCCUCCCUCCCUCCGCCCGCCCCACCAGCCGGAGCCCGGCCCAGUGCUCCAGAGAAAGGCCGGCCUGCAGCACCCGCCACCGUCGCCGACCGCCCGCACGCCCGUCCGGUGA